AUGUAUUUCCAGCACAUGGUGGGGUGGCAGUACGCGGCGGCCAUGAUCUUCUGGUUCUCCUUCGUCAUCAUCUUCUGCUUCAUCCUCUUCAACUUCCUCAUUGCCAUCAUCGUGGAUGCCUUCAUGGCAGUCAAGGUCAGUCAACAAAGGUCAACGCCAGUCAAGGUCAGUCAACAAAGGUCAACGCCAGUCAAGGUCAGUCAACAAAGGUCAACGCCAGUCAAGGUGAGUCAGUGCACGUCAACAGCAGUCGAGGUGAGUCAAUGCCGGUCAACGGCAGUCAAGGUGAGUCAACACCGGUCAAUGGCAGUCAAGGAGUCAUCGGAUAAAGCAUCGGCGAUAUACCAGGACAUGUACUUGAUUGUGGUGCGCUUCUUCCGCCGCGUGGCAUCGCCGUACAGAAGGUACAGCCGCCUGCUGCGCCACCUCAUUCGCCUCGGAGCACAGGACACCGCCCACGCCGUCCUGGAGAAGAGCAUUCGGCAGUCAGGCCAGCAGUGCCUUUCAUCGAGCCUUCAGUGCGGCAGGGAGGCGAGAGGAGGCAGGCAUGAUGGCAGCAGCAACAUGAAUGGCCAGGCAGAUGCGGAUGGGGAUGGGAGGGCGGAUGCUGUUGCCAAUGGCGGGCCAGGGAGAGAUGGGGCAGCGGAGCAGAAAGAGGCUGUUUCUUACAAGAGCAUGCAAGCACAGGCCCAUUUUGAUGCGCAGCAACAAGUGCUGGCCAUGGUGGGAGCAGAAGGGACUGGCUUAAUCCGGGGUGAGAGCACGAAGGGGUUGUUGGCAAGUGGUGGGGUCGCCAAGUCCCAGGCAGGCGGCAACACCAACACUCAGCUGGACGCCCAUGCUUCCACCACCGCUGCUGCUGAUCCUGGCAGCACCGCUGCAGCUGAUGCUGGCAGCGCGGGUGGCAGCAUGGUGGAGCCGGCAGUGCAGAGGCGGCGGAGCUUCUGGCGGCUGAAAACGCUGGAUGAGCGCGAGACCGUGGUGGUGGUGGGGGAGAGGCACCUCAACGCCCACUCGCUCUCCGCCAUCCUGCGCCGCGCACACGCCCGCAUGACCUGCCCGCAAACACUGGGAGGCGGGGGAGACACUCUCGCACUUGCUGCCUUUCUCUCCCAUGCCAUCCCAUCCCAUCUUCCCCUGCAGCGGCGCUCUCUCUCCGACGAGCAGGAGGGGGACCUUGUGGACGUGGCAGCGCUAGGGGCGGUGCUGCUGUCGGAGCUGGGGGAGAGCCUGCCGACCGCCGACUCCACGGCUGCUGGCAGCACUGAUGGAGGCGAGGCGGCAAAGGAGGGCGACCUGCUGGCCAUGCGGCAGCGCGUGGAGGCACUGCGGGCCGAUGUGGCGCGUGGCUUCGACCAAGUCAGACAGCAGCUGGCCACCGACUUCCAAAGCUCCCAUCGCAUCCAGUUGCCAGGGGAAGCCAGUCCGAGCCUGCUCCUGAGCCAGCUUGCCAAUGGCCCGGAGGAGGCGGGAAGAGGGGCAUGGGAGCAGGUUAUGUUGCAGGUGGAGAAGAUUCGAAAGGAGGCUCAGAGGGAACGAGCAGAGGGUUUGGAGAUCCUGCAGGAGCUCAGAAGGGAGUUGCAAUUGCUGAGGGCAGCAAGAGCACGCGCUGCUGCACAUUGUGAAGUGGUUACAAGCAGGUUCAGUUAUUGGUAUGGUUCAACAUGCUGUGGAAACCUGAUUGAGGUUCAUUAUGUUAAUGCAGUAAGUUAA